CACGUCUUGGUUCUUUUUUUCAUCCAUCAUCAUCGAGCUUAAUGUCGGAUUCGGACGAUUCAUCCCCGCGUCCGGCCAAACGACCGAAAAUCUCCAAAAAGGAUUUCCCUGAAAAAGAUGGGGCGUUAUGGUUGGACGAUGGUAAUAUCGUCCUCAUCAGUGCUCAGGGAGUGGGAUUUCGUGUGCAUCUAAGCGUGUUGUCAAUGAACGUAGUGGGCUUUCGGGAUAUGUUUGGUGCAGUGGAUCACUCGGAUGAAAAAGAAAAAUACACGACUCGGACCUUAAAGGAUUCAACCCAGGACUUGAGACAUUUUCUCCAUGCUUUAUACACGCGCACUUACUUUUAUCCUGGAAAACCGACCCACUAUGACACCCUCGAAUCCAUGCUACGCAUGUCCACCAAGUACCAUGCAAAACAGCUCCGUCACGAGUUGAUAGAGCAUCUCAUCAUGAUAUACCCCUCAGAGAUGAUGGUCCUAGAAAAGUACAAGGAUCUUAGAAUCCCAAGUGAUGAUACCCACAGCCUGCGCGCUAUCACAAUGGCACGCGAGUGCGACGUACCCAUGAUCCUCCCAACGGCUUUCUACUGGGCCUCUACCAUCUCGCCGGCCCAGCUCAUUAGGCUUCAACCUAAACUCAAAUCAAAAGACCUCGCCGAGAUCCUAGUGGGCCGGGAGAAAAUAGCCCAGGCUGUCUACAAAGCUAUGUGGUGUUGGCUAUCUGAAACUCGUCAUGGGUGCAAGGGCGAUCGUAAAUGUCGUGCAAGGCGUUUGAGUGUGUUACGGGACACCAACCAAUUCCAAGGAGCCCCGCCGUCUUUUUUUCUGAACAAAAUACUGCCUGAAACGCCGGACGAGGAGAGCAGUGACUCCGAGUCGGAUGAGGAGGAUGAGGAGGGGAAGUUUUGCGAGCACUGUUUGCAACAGUGGUACACGCCAAAGAAAAUGCGUAAGGACUAUCAAGAUAUCUGGGACUCCUUGCCUUCGUAUUUUACGCUUCCCUCUUGGGACGAUUUAGAUGAUAUGAAGUACUAAAAGGGAUUGGUUUUGGAAAGGUGUGUAACUCUCGGAAAGAGAUGGAUCAACUCAUCACUCGAGUGUUAUGCUAGAUUUUGUCCGACUCCUGUAACGACAGAGCGCUCUGAGGUCCUAUUCAUGAUGUGUCGUGCUACUCGUGGCUGUAAGAGUUGGAUGGACCUGGGCCCUGAGUUACCAAGACACAGAUGUGCUAGAUAUCAUACUAGCAG